CAGCAGCGAGAGGCUCGCGCUGCAGGCCCUUUCUUACCUGCUGCUGGGCACCCCCACCAGCCCCCUUUAUAAGGCCCUCGCGGACAGCCAUUUGGGGCGGGCAGUGAUAGGGGGGGGCCUCAGUCUCGACUUGAAACACGCCACCUUCUCCGUGGGGCUAAAGGGGGUGGCCCAGAAGGAGGGCGCAGCAGCAGAAGUGGAGAGCGUGGUGCUGCGGUGUCUGCAGCAGCUGGCGGAGACAGGGUUUGCUGCUGCUGCUGCUGCUGCUGCUGCUAACACUUUGGAGUUUAACUUGAGAGAAUUAAACACCGGCACCUUCCCAAGAGGACUCAGUCUAAUUCUCGAUAUGGACACGGAAGCUAAUUACGACAGAGACCCAAUAGCUGCGAUAUCUUUUGCUGCUGCUUUAAAAGAACUUCGCGAAAGAAUGCAAAAAGAAGAUCUUUUCCAAAACCUCAUCAGAAAAUACCUGCUGGAGAACCCGCACCGCGUGACUUUGCGGCUGUUUGGAGACCCCGAAAUGGAAGCUCGGGAAGCAGCAGAAGAAAAAAAAAGACUUGAAAAAAUCCAAAGCGAAUUAACUCCUUCUGUCGUUGAAAACAUUCUUGCGGACCAGAUUGCCCUCAAACAGAGACAGCUGUCGGAGGACUCUGAAGAGGCCCUGAAGUCGCUGCCGGUCCUUAGCCUUGAAGACGUGAAGGAGGCGAACAACGAAAUCCCGUCUUCUUGUUUUCCCGUGGAAGGAGUUGCUGUUGUUUCGCACGAGCUGGGGACUCGCGGGGUUUUGUACGCGGAGGUUUAUUUUGCUGCUGCUGCUGUUGCGCUGCAGCAGCUGCCGCUGCUGCGGCUGCUGGCGCGGCUGCUGCUGGAGACCGGCGCGGGGCAGCUAAACCCUCAGCAGCUGCAGCACCAAAUCGGAGAAGCAACAGGAGGGUUUAGGGUUUCUCUCGACUUCAGAUCUGUCAGCAAAACCCCCAACACUGUUCCAGACCCUCUCGACAGCAUCGGCUUCCUCGUCCUCUCCGGAAAAGCGGAGACGGACUGGCCGUCUUUGGCAGCAGAGUUGGAGAGUUUGCGCAGCAAACUGCUGCAGCGGGAAAACACUUUAGUGAACUUAACUGGAGACAGCAGCAGCUUAGCUGCUGCAGCAGCAGGAGAGGGUUUGGAGGCGCUGCGGGGUUUGCUGGGGGCGCUGCCUGUGGGGUCUCCUGCUGCUGCAGCAGCAGCAGCAGCAGCAGCAGCAAACACUGAAACCUUGCUUUCCACUCCUUUUGGACAAAGGGGCUUCGACAGAAAACCUCUUUGGGUUUCCCAAAUUGAGCAGCAGCAGCUGCUCAACAAACCCGUCAGAGAAGCACUUCUGGUCCCCACAAAGGUGAACUACGUGGCCGCGGGGGGCCGCGUGUGGGGUGUGGGGCGGGAGGUGUGGGGCCCCGCGUUUGUGGGGUCUGGGAUCGUCUCCUCCCAGCACUUGUGGGGAGUUGUGCGGGAGCAGGGGGGGGCCUACGGCAGCAGCUUCAACUUGGAUGCUUCUGGAUUAUAUUUAUUUGCUUCUUUCCGGGACCCGCAGCUGCAGCAGACGCUGCAUGCGUUCGCGCAGACGCCGCAGUUCCUGCGGCAGUGGGCCGCUGCUGCUGCUGCUGCUGCUGCUGCUGCUGCUGCUGCUGCUGCUGCUGCGCCCCACAAAGUCCAAAAGGCCGUUUUGGCCCUUCUCAGGGAAAUCGACUUUCCGCUGCCUUCCGAUAAAAAGGGAACUAAAGCUUUUUGGCAACUCGUCGCCAGACAGAGAGAAGAACACAGAACCAAGUUCAGGCAGCAGGUGCUGAAUACAACAGCAGAAGAUAUAAAGACUUUUGCCGACGAGCUGGCCGCAGCCAUGGCAGACACGGAAAGAAAUAACUAUGUUGCUGUUGUGUCUUCGCAAGCAGCAGCAGCAGCAGCAGCAGCAGCAGACCCCAGCCUCCAGCUGAAGCAAAUCGAAGUCUUCGAUAAAGAACACCAAGAAAGCACCAACACCGACGGAGAAGAUGUCUAUACUGUCGCCUAA